AUGUCAUACUCAUCAGCCAUGACGACCUUGAUUCAAAACCCCUGGUUACGCCUGCUCAAUGCUCUACGAGCCGGCUCGAAGCCUAUCAUGACCUUUUUGGGGCUUCCGUCCUUUCGCACAGCCCAAGUUGUGGCUCAGACCGGUGUUGAUGUCAGCAUUCAUUCCCUUCCGUCGAUUAAACCUGAACUGAUGAUCAUAAAGGGCAUUAUUAUCGAUUGUGAGCAUGGGUAUAUUAGCGAUGAUUCCAUGCACAGCUCGACUGCCGCUAUCGCUGCGCUGGGGGUGUCGCCGCUUGUUCGCUUGAGAAUGACCCAUGCAGAUUUGAUUAAAAGAGCUUUAGAUGCUGGUGCUCACGGUAUCGUUGUGCCUCAAAUAAACACGGCCGAAGAAGCCAGAACCGUUGUAUCAUACUCAAAAUUCCCUCCACAAGGGCUUCGAGGGCAAGGCUCAGCAUUUCCAGGCAUCGCUCACGAUAUCGAUAUCCCAACAUACAUGAAAACAGCAAACGAAACGAUUAUCACCUGUCUUCAAAUUGAAUCAAAAGCGGGAGUCGAGAAUGUUGACGCUAUCUGUGCUGUACCAGGUGUCGAUAUGAUUUUUAUUGGGCCAAAGGACCUUGCUCUGUCAGUCCUUGGGUAUCUCCCUGCAAAGGGGGAUGAGCCCGAGUUUGUCGAUGCAAUUGAAAAGAUCGUGGCAGCAGCUAGAAAGCAUGGUAAAUGGGUCUGUCGAUUAUCGAACAGCGGGACUUUGUGCAGGGAACAUCUGAAAGUAUUCGAUACUGUAGCGAUGAGCUACGAUAUUCGGGCACUGCAAAACUGGUACACAGCUGAGCUGGAAAUUGCGCGCUCAUGA